GAGUUCUGCCUCUUGAGCUGCGAUUCACAGUCCUGUUUGCCUCGUGCCUUUGUCCAUCGGGGGGCUUGUAUACCAUUCCCACACAUCAAUGGCAUUUGGGAAGUCCCUGUCGUCCAUAGUCAUGGCCAGGGUGUGAUGAACAAGCGGCGAAAGACUUCCCAAGUCCGGGAGAUGAGAGGCGCUCUGAUGGAUCAGAUAAUGGAGUCGACCACAUACGCUGCUUCGACUGCAAUCGACUGCCAGAUACCGUGUCUGCCCUCCAGUUUUCUGGGCACCGGAGGCAUAACCCGCACACAGGCAAAGGACCGACUCGCUGCCUCGUUCCCUCGCCGAUUUCUGGAGCAUAAUGCGAUAUACACCGCCGCCAAGUACCAGGAGUGGUACGAGCAGGGACUCAUCAAGGAGCGACACUCGGCGAAGACGCUCAUGACGAUGUACAAAGAAAUCGCUGAGACUCGGGCCAUCAAGGACUUGGCGACACGUCCUAUCUUGCUUUGGGACCCCGAUCUCCCGGAAACCCCUGAACUGGACCGUGGUCAGCAUCGUCGAGAGGCACUGAUGAAGCAAAAGUUCCCUAUGCAGGCAGACUCGCUAACCCCGGCAUCAUACAUGGGCCUGCACCUAAUACGUAACAUGAUUCUCAGCCUGAGCAAAUUGUCGAAGUACGGGCCAGCAAAGCGUUUCCCAGAGAUUCCUGAAAUGAUCUGUGGAGAGAUGCCUGCCUUGGGGUACUUCUAUCUCUUGAUCUAUCAUGAUGAAAUACAAGAGACAUUGCGUGUCGCUGUUUCGCUCAGCCACUCUUCGAAUGACCCAUGGUGGUGUGUAGGUCCUUGA